CCGAUGGCCUCGCCGCAAUCUCCCCUCGACCUCCUCCCCGUAGCUGCCGGCGGCGCCUGCGUCCGAUAACGAGCGAGCCAUCGUCCCUCCGCUCCGGGGAGCGCCGUCGCCGUCCUUCUCCGCGUGCGGCGGCGGAGGGCGGGAGUAAGCGCCCGCUGCUCUCGUACUGAUUUGGCAGAACACUGGCGGUGGUCAAUCGCUAUGACGAAAAGAGGCCACAUGACCGUCCUUGACGACCUACCCGAGUGGAUUGUCAUCGAAGAGAUCCUCGUCCGGUUGCCCCCCAAGGAUGUCCUUCGCUGCCGUGCAGUCCGAAAGUUAUGGCGCAGUACCACCUCCACCGAUAAGUUCAUGCUCGACGACCGUUGCCGCCAGCCCUCGCUCCCUGUCAUCAGACAGUAUAUCCAUGAGAAGAGUGCAUUCAGGUUCGUUGUCUUCCGUGAUAACGGGGCUAUAGCCUCCGAUCAAAAACUCUGGCCAAUCAUCCAGCUCUCUAAGUUCCAUAAACUCCUGGGCGCCUGUGAUGGCUUUCUCAUCUUGUCUGGCGGAUCCGAUUUUUGGAUCUGCAACCCAGCCACUCACAAAUGUGCUCCACUACCACAACCUCGAGAUCCAUCGUCAUCACGAGGGGGUUCCCACAUCUACAUAGCCGGCUUUUACCGGCACCAUCCAUCUGGGGAAUACCGAGUGCUCUGGUUCUCCCAUGGCUGCCAACGUGGCUACGUUCUCACGGUAGGAUCCGACAUGCCGAGAAUCAUCAGUCGGCCAUCAGUAUCAUCGCGUUUGCCGAAAUGCAAGCGCCAAGGGGUCUUCGAUUCCCGCUUUAGUUCACAAGUCUACCACCACUGCAGCAUGCACUGGUUAACAGGAAUCUACAUGGAGACUGCCGUGGACAUUAUGGUGUUUGACACAAUUACUGAGACGUUCCGGUGGAUGCGCAGUCCUGACCAGUUGGGCUGUCGGGUGUCGUUGUUGGAGAUGGGCAACAAGCUUGCUUCAUGUAGCCACAAUGUUGGCAGCAUAGAGAUUUGGGUGAUGCAAGACUAUGAGGCUGAGGCCUGGGCCUUGAAUUACAGGAUUAACUUGGUAACGAUGAAGACACCACCACAGCUUGAUUUUAGUGUGAGACGUAUUUCUAAUAUAGCACUGCUUAACAAGCGUGAGCUGCUGAUCUGGUGUUGGACUCCAUCGUGGGGUCAUGACUAUCUGUUGCACUAUGACAUUGACGAAAAGUUGUUGGGAUGUUACAAAUUGAAAGAUGGAACGUAUUCAGUAUACUUCACUAAUCAGUACAUUCAGGAGAGCAUGCUUCCACUUCCGUUCUGUGAGAUGCAAGAAGAAGGUGGUGUGGAUAAGGUACCUCCAUUCCUGAUAGUGCUAUAAGGUGGUUUGUACUUCUAGUUUGCCAUGUGUGCCUUUGGAGUAUCCAUGCUUUAUGAGUAUGGUCCUAGUUCUUACUUAAUAAUACUAGUAGAACUGAAAAAUCUGUAUGGCUGUGAUAGCACUUUUGCUACCAUCUGGUUCCUUUUGUGCUGUCUUGAGCGUCAUAAUGAUGUGUUGGAGUAUCUAUGCUAUUUCUUCCCCGAUUAUUUUCAUUUCGAAUCGUCAAGUAGUGUGAAUGGCACUGGCUGCAAUUUGAUAUGCUAAUUACCUCUGAAGUUGUUAAUGUGAGGGAUGAAUUCAUGCUAGUAGAGAAUAAGUGCAGCAAU